UCUCCCAAAUCAGGACAAGCCCACCAAGUCCAAAUAAAAGACUUAUAGAAGAACUCUGUUGGGGGAGACUAGAGAGAGAGAGAUGCCUUUGUAGAGAGAGAGAGAUGCCUUUAAUUUGUGCUAGUCAUGGAACAAAAGUCCCACAUGCGUUGGUCCAGACCGGGAGAAGUAAAUUCUUCACACCCAACCAUGUAGGAAGCUUCUGCUGUUGCUUCUUUCACAGCAAAAUUAGCCGCCAGUCCUCAUUAAAACCUUCCAUUGUUUCUCUCUCUAGGAGUAAUCAAACCCAUAUUUCUUCUUCUUCAACAAUGGAGAGCCAGAACAAGUUGGUGCUUACAUCUUCAGAACCUGAACAAGAAUACUAUGGCAAAGAAAUUGAGGUUGCUGUCAGGGCUGUACAGAUGGCGUGUUUGCUUUGUCAGAAAGUGCAAGAAAGUCUGCUUUCUAAAACCAGCAACCAUGUCCAAUCCAAGGAUGACAAUUCUCCUGUCACAAUUGCAGAUUGGAGUGUCCAAGCAACUGUCAACUGGGUACUGUCUGAGACUUUUGGGAGUUCAAAUGUAUCAAUUGUUGCUGAAGAAGAUGUCCAAGCACUGUCCAAGGAUGAUGCAGCAGGUCUACUAGAAGCCGUGGUGGAAACAGUAAAUGACUGCCUAGCUGAAGCACCUCGUUUCGGGCUUGAAGGUCCUGCAAAGGCUCUUGGAACUACAGAGGUUCUUGAGGCCAUCAGUCGAUGCAAUUCAACCGGGGGUCCCACAGGAAGAUUUUGGGUCCUGGAUCCUGUUGAUGGGACAUUAGGAUUUGUACGCGGGGAUCAAUAUGCUAUUGCUCUGGCAUUAAUAGAUAAUGGAGAACCUGUGCUUGGAGUUCUUGGGUGUCCAAAUUACCCAAUGAAGAAGGAAUUGCUGAGUUAUCAUAAUGGCUACCGUAGAAUUAUAUCUAAGUUGACCCCGCCAACAUCGGAUUCUUGGAACCAGGGUUGUGUUAUUUAUGCAAGGAGAGGUAAUGGCAAGGCCUGGAUGCAGCCGUUGCUCCAUGGAGAAAAGAAGUUUGUCUGGCCGAACUCUGCAAGGCAAAUCCAUGUUUCCACGAUUGAUGACCCUGCAUUGGCAACAUUUUGCGAACCAGUUGAGAAGGCAAAUACAAGCCAUUCCUUCACAGCUGGACUAGCUUACAGUGUUGGGCUCAGGAACCAACCAUUACGUGUAUACAGCAUGGUGAAGUAUGCAGCCAUAGCCUGCGGGGAUGCUGAGAUUUUCAUGAAAUUUGCUCGGGCUGGCUACAAGGAGAAGAUAUGGGAUCAUGCUGCCGGUGUUGUUAUCAUUCAAGAGGCCGGUGGUGUGGUAACUGAUGCCGGAGGUCAUCCACUCGACUUCUCAAAGGGUAUGCACUUAGAAGGACUUGACCGGGGCAUAAUUGCUUGUGCUGGAGCAAAACUACAUAACAGGAUUAUUAGAGCUGUUGAUGCUAGCUGGAACUCUUCUAGUCUAUGACAUAUUGUUGCAUAAAAUCAAUGAUCUCAUAUUGCAGAAUUUUGGCAGGGUAAAGGAACCAUAGCUCUCACUGCUUGUCAACAUUGGUUUAGCCAACAUCAUAAAUAUGAGUAUGGUUCAAGGAUAACAAGGAAUAAAACUCCUCUUACUGAAGCCAAUGAUUCUUGAUGUUUGGACAAUAUAAGGAAAUGAAAUGAUAAUAAUUAUUUUUUCAUUAA